AAGCCAGUCUGAAGCAAAGUCUCGUGACGUCCUGCCGUGCACACCUAAACCGGCGUGGAUAUUUGGAACAGGAAGUGGCACAACUAAAAGCGGAAGUUGCGCACUUACAGCUGGAGCUUGCAGACAGGCAAAAGGGGUGCAUGAAUCUCCUCCGCCAGUCAGAGGAGGCUCUCCAGGAAGCCAGGCAGGAGGCCGCAAGAAGUUGCAGAGAGGUGGGCGUUCAGACGCAGGAGGUACGAAGACUGGAAAACGUGAUACGCAAAGAGGAGGAGAACCUGAAAAACGCUCACAGGGAGAAACAGAGUCUGAGCACUCAAGUCAGGCAGCUGAGUCAAGAGCUUGAGGACCUGCAUUGCAAACACCAAACAACAGUGGAGGCGUUGACAGCCCGUUCAGAAGAGGCAAAGCGCAUGGUGGCCUGUCUGAAUGAGGAAGAGCAAGCAGGAAACAAAGCACGUGUCAUGGCUCAGAGACUGGAAUUGGAGGUUGCAGAACUCAAGAAGAAGGCUGACGUAGCGAAAAGGGAUUCACAAGCCCAGGUGGACACGCUCCAGUCCAAGUUGGCCGCAUUAUGUUCAGACAACGACAACCUUCGCCAUGAGAGCCAGCUCGUCGUGACUAAUCUCAAACGAUGGAUCACUGAGCAAACAUCAUCUAGCAAAAGCCUUGCACAGCAAAUGAAAACUCAAAGCCAAGUUCUGCUGAACGUCACGGAAGACAAAAUACAUCUUCAGGAGGCUAAUGACACACUGAAGGCAGAGGUGAAGCGACUGAAAGAAGUGGUGGCAGGGCAGGAGAAAGAGAUGGCAAGCAUCAAGGCCCAACUCAAGGACCUGUGUGAACUUCGAGAUAAGAACAUCCUAGAUAAGGAGACUUGCAUGGCCCUGAAUCUUGGCAGACUGGCUGACAUGCAGACCAGACUGCAGGGCAACAUGGACGCCAUCAGUCUGCUAAAUCAACAAUUAAACGCUCUGAGCGAGGAGAACAAGCACUUGCGUUGGCAGCUGGAGGAAGAGAGGAGCAUGUGCACACAAGUAGAGUACCACCGCCCUCAUCCUCCCACCUCCUCACCAUCUCCCGUCGUUCAUCCCUUCCACCUCACUCCUCCUCCUCCCAACCUGAAACAAGCGACAAGGGGCAUUGAGGGCAUCUAUAACCCAAGGUAGUCUUGCUCGCCAGUGGCACCUUGUUAACGCUUGAUAUUCUGACCAACAUCGUGUUUGGAGUGAGAGACAAGCAAGUACACCACUGAUUUCCAUUGAAUCUCCACUUUUUGUAUUCUCCGAUAUUUAAUCACAACGGUAAUAUGACAUGAUGGUGGUAGCACUUGAAAUAUUUUUUGAGACGUUACUUUGAGAUGUAAAUUGAAUACUGUGCAAAAAUGUAUGAUGAGGUUUUAGUGGAGUUAGCAGGUGUAUCCAGAACUUGGCCUUUUUCUUUUCUCUAGCAUUUUUUGAUCAUCAAACAGUCCCAAUGAAACGUUUGGUCAAAGGGCAUCCACUCUUUUUCUACAUAAAUGAAGUCCUAUCUAGCUCACUCAUGGUUUCUUGGAAACGAGUGGCCAUCUUUCUCAAUUGGUUCACCUCCCUUAAUUCCCCCAUCCCCUUUCCGAGCCCACCAGCGGCCGGCCCUCUCCAAUCUCCUUCCCCAUGUAAUCUCAGGGUGCACAGGGCUGUUUUCAUUAUGGCACCACUCAUCUUAUCGUCCACCCUGUCAUCUCCUCUGUCUCCUGUCUUUUUUUAUAUGCCUUUAUUCUAACAAGUCUGCGUCUCGGAAGCCGGCAGCGGUCCACCCCUUUUUCAUUUCCCUAAUGUUCCCCACCAGACACACCCUUGCCUCCCCCUAACCCCUAAUUUCAUUCCCCUAACCUGGUCGCCAUCAUCAUCAUGAUGUACAGCGCACACCCCAGAAAGCCCCGCUCCCUCCCCUCGCUCAGUGUGUGUGUGUGGUGGCUUAUGUGUUUCACUGGCCUUUUUAGUCUGCUCCAUAUCCGUAGGAAAAAUAGAAAUAAAAGAGAAGGAAGUAAAGAUGGACAGAAAGCGAGGAAGGCAGUCAUUGGGGCCGAGGUGAGCCCUGAAUCUCCUUGCUUGCUUUAAUCCCUCAUUUAUGUGAACUCAGCUUUGGAAAUGAAGCUGUCACUGUAUUUUACUUCCUUUCAGCCAGCCGCUGCUAUAAUCACAAAGCACACACACAUGCACACAUGUGCGCACAGGCACACACAUCAGGCCACAAAAUCACUCAAGAGAGGUGGAAAUUCAUUCCAGAGGUAGAAGCAAGAGGCUCACCUUGUCUCCUGCACGGUGAAUCUUCGGAUAUGUUGGAGACAGAGAGGAGUUAUGGGUAAAAGCAGUGGUGAGGAAUGAUAGGCCACAAUCUCUGACUUUAAUCUGAAUUCGGUGACACAUGCCAUUCAUUUCAGACUAAUAUUCUCCAGUGCACAUAGCCUAUGUCGUCUUUUUAUUCAUUUUUAAAUUGGAAAACUCUGUAGUAUGUGUACUUUUCUAUGCAUGCAAAAACGAAUAUGUAUUUGUUUCCUAUGUGUUGGUAAAAUGAGUGUAAUAUUUAUACGUACAUGUAUUCUUCAGUUUAGCAGUAAGUAUAUGAUUUUGUUUUAAAACCUAUUUUUAGCCACCUUUGCAUCUGUUGACUGACUUGUCCGUAAGCGUUACUAGUUGUUUUUGACAGUAUAUGAGAAUUAAAUAGAAGAUCAUAAUGUCCUGUUCAAAAUAAUAAGACUCAUUAUUAUUAUUAUAACAAAUUUUAAUUCGGAAUUUGACUCCAAAUGUAAAUUGAAGGACAUAAAGUGCAUUAUAACAUCCAUGAAAAGGGUCAAGUUGCAUAUAGACCAAAGACUUGCACUGCCAUCUAGUGGUUGUGUGGAAGUCCUCAA